UUGGAAUGCGUCGGGUAGCGGUGCGGCGGCGGCUGUGCGUCGUCAUGCGCGGCAAGUUGGCAGAGUUUCCAGAGUUCAUUCCGCUCGCGCCAGGGAAGCAGCGACAAGGCGGAAGUAGAGCUGGCUGCCUCAACUCUCUUCCAGCGAUGGAGCAGGGGGAGUAGGGACCGAGAACCACCGCAUUAACCUUCUCCAAACAGUCGCUACGGGGGGACGUGGAUACCUCCCUCUCACCCAGUGAGUACGGCCUGUCUAAAGUAUACCCAGGUAUAAUUCAGAGCCGGAACGUGGUGGUGGUCCUGAUGAUUCCAGUUCCAUGAAUUCCCUGCGGAUCUCCGUUCGAGGCCUUCCCGCCCUGGCCUUCAUGGCCUGCGCUGCCUCCGACCCCCGCUUCCGCCUGAAAUGGAGGGCCAUCACCGUGGCAACGCUCCUUGCCCUCGCCCUGCUGCUCUACCUGCACCAGACGACGGGGGUCGGGACUGGCGGCAAUGACUUCUUCGGCGGCGUCUCCUCUGACCGCCUCCAUCACCACGGUAACGGGGCGCAAAGCUGGUGGACGAACAAUGACAAGGAAGUAAACAAUAAUGGUAACCGUCAACCGGUGGCUGCAGUGAGAUCCAACGGCGGCGUCAACUGGAAGAAUAAACACUACAACGACACAUAUCCUCUCAGCCCGCCGGAGAGGAUUGCGUCCGGGAGCAUCCGGUACCGUAUUGGGGUGAUCGCCGACUUGGACACGGCCUCAAGGAGAACCAAGGGUCAGACGUGGUUUAGCGUCAUGCGGAGGGGCCACCUGGUGGUGUCUGAGAGUGGGGACAGAGUGGAGGUGGAGUGGGACGCAGACAGCCUGACCCUGGAGAGCCACCUGGCUGAGAAGGGACGAGGUAUGGAGCUGUCGGAGCUAGUUGCGUUCAACGGUCACCUGUACAGUGUGGACGACCGUACAGGAGUUGUCUACAGGAUAGAGGGGAACCAGGCGGUACCCUGGGUUAUACUGACUGAUGGAGACGGGUCUGUCUCAAAAGGGUUCAAGGCGGAGUGGCUGGCGGUGAAGGAUGAGUGCCUCUACGUGGGGGGUCUGGGUAAAGAGUGGACGACCACUACCGGAGAGUUCAUCAACGACAACCCCCAAUGGAUCAAGGUGGUGGGUUACCGCGGCGACGUGGAACACGAGAACUGGGUACCGCGUUACAACGCCCUGCGCCGCGCAGCCGGGAUUCAACCGCCAGGUUACCUGAUCCAUGAGUCUGCGGCGUGGUCCGACCGCCUCCAGCGCUGGUUCUUCCUCCCCCGCCGCGCCAGCUCCGAACGCUACGAUGAGAUGGCCGACGAGCGCCGCGCCACCAACCUCCUCCUCUCCUGCCCCUCGGACUUCCGCGACAUCACCGUGGGGCACGCUGGACCGCUCCACCCAACGCACGGUUUCUCCUCCUUCAAGUUCGUACCGGACACCGACGAUCAGAUUGUACUCGCGUUGAAGUCUGAGGAGGACGCGGGGAAGAUAGCGACGUAUAUCCUGGCGUUUACGUUAGACGGGAGGAUGUUACUGCCAGAGACGAAGAUAGGAGACCUGAAGUAUGAAGGACUGGAGUUUAUUUAAAAUGGAGGGAUGGGGAGAUUGGAGAGAGGGAGAAUACAACAGGACAGGGUUGGUUGUUAGAACUUACAAACAUCACCUACCUGUGAAGUAGUGUGAUGAGGUAGGAGGACUCUGUUCCAGGAAGGUCCCAGUCAUCACCAAGGUUGUCCAGAAAAAUGACUAGUGUUGUAAGAUUCUUCACAUGGGCAACUUCCUGCCCCCAAAAGAGUCUGGGUUUAAACAGGCAGCCCAAUUCUGAGGUUUUUACCAAUCACAUCAGAUCUGACUGGUCAAAAUAAUUGGCUGCAUAUCUAAACGCAGCCUAAGGAGACCUAUGGUUGAACAACGGACGUAAAAACUGACGCUCACAGGAACAAAAAUACUAAAAUUGACAGGGUUGUGUUCAGUAGGCACAAAUCGGAAAGAAACGUUUUAAAACUGAGCAUUAAUUACCUGAAGUUGUCCAAUAAGGCCAGUAAUUUUGGGGGUGUUCUGUUAGAAUGUUUGUGCCUUCUGAAGAGGACCCUUGUUUAAACUAACACUGACUCACAAAUGCAAAACUUAGAUGACGUUGGGUUGUCAACAUAUGUUGACCAGACUACUGAAUAAGAUGCAUGAUCUUCUUACACCAGCUGUUAUCUUAAUAACUUGUUUUCUCUUAAAACAGAACACCUCAGAUUAAAAUGUUCACAUGUCAUUCUGGUUCUUGAUCAGAGUUGGUUGAAUAAUGAACAGCUUACCACAGAAAA